GCAUAACUGCUUCCGAUACCAUUGCCUUGCCAGAAGGGACUCGCCUCCCCUUCCCAUUCCCGGCGCCCCCCCCAACCAACCCUCGCCGAUGGACGCCGUCGCGUUCCCGCCGCCUCCGGCCCCCUUCCUCGACGACGACAUCGAUUUCGGGGACUUCGCUUUCGCCCCCGCCGCGCCCCAGCCUGCUCCUCUGGCUCCGCAGCCGGCUACUUUCGCGGCCUUCGACGACGACUGGGGCGACUUUGUGGCGAGCUCCCUCGGAUUCAGCCCGGAUGGCCUGUCCGCACCCGCCAUCCCGCCUACGGGAAAGCCAGCCGCCGGCGCCUGGGAGAAGCCCCGGGGCCCGCUCCCCCUAUCCUUGUUUGGAGCCGAUGACAAGGAAGAGGAGGAGAAGGAUGAAGUGCCUGUCGGGCUGCCGCCGCCCACGUCCACGGUGCACCAGCGGGAACCGUCGUUCGGAUCCAAAGCCUCGAGCCCCGCGGAUCUCAAGGACCUCAUCGUCGGCCUCUACGGAUCUCAGCCUCCGCCCACCCCCGACGCACCACAGCCGGGUGCGCUGGAGGAGGUGGACGAUGACGGGUUUGGAGAUGACGGUUGGGAAUUCAAGGCCGCCCCCUCCUCUGAUGCCGGCCAGGAUGGAGCCGGACAAGCGGACGGAGGUGGAAUUGAGGGUGUGCCAAAAUCAUUGGGCGGCGACCAGAAAGAUUGGUCACUAUUUACUGGUGUCAAUAAUGAACUGAACCUCCAGACUACAGAUCAUGUCAGAAAUCAUGAGUCCACAGGACAAAAUGUGAAGACCUUCAGCUAUUCUCCAGAUAAUAGUUCAUCCAUACUCAACUUGUACAAAGAAUCUAAAUUUGUCGAUGCUGUUCACGUUCCUCAAAGUUGUUCCGAAAGUGUAGUCAGCUCUUCUGAUAUGUUCUCUAACAAUGAAGUGAACUCUUCGUUUGGAACAGAUGAAAAUCAUUCCAUUAAAUCAGGAAGCGACAAUAUUUUGGUUGAUUUCUACCAUAAGCUGAGAGAAGAAUCCAUGGCAAUGAUAUUCCAGUAUAAUAAGGAUAUUAAGGAGGCCCAGAAGAAUUCUGCACAUUCUGAUGGAAACAAAAAAGAGACAGCAAUCGAAAGGGAGAUCCAGGAAAUCUGGGAGAAACUACGAGAUUCUUUGCUGGCAGAAGGAUUUCGCAUUGAGGAACAGCCUUCGAGGGAUGAGAGUAUUUCUGGACUGCUUAACAGUACCAAAGAGGAACACAUAAAGGAUUUUGAGCAACACUAUCAUUUAGCAGAUAAAAUAGCACUGGCACAGCAUGACAUGAGUUUGGCAGUUGAACUUUACAAGCAUAGUGUGUCAACCCUACAUACCUUGGGACUAGCAUCCAAAGAGGAGCAAUGCGAUUAUGUCGCCGCAUGGUACAGUAUGUUUCUUUCCUGUGCUCAGGAAUUGCAGCAUGGAGCAGUGCUUUGGCAAGAAUCUUGUCAUGCGAAAGUCCAUGAUCUAGUAAUUUCUGAAGGUGCAAAUUGGUUUGUUGCUCUUGGGGAGAUCUACAGAGUUGCACGCCUCUUGCAUUUGUCAUUGCAGUAUUUCAAGCCUUGGGUUCUUGCGGAUCCCGGGAUGUUUAGUAAAAUGUUGGCUUGUUGGGACAGCUGCAUUAAUGCAUGGACUAGUGGUUUAGAAACAGCUCUUAAAACAGUUGUUGACAGCAAUCACUUAGCUGCACCCGCUGGUAAAGCUCUUCUGGAGUCCAUCAUCAGUAUUAAUGAACUUGAGGUGGCCAAUUUUCAACAUUGUCUUGCCAACAACGAGUUAACAUGCCGACUAACACUCCUGCCAACUGGUCUUCUACAAGGAGGGAAAGUGGUUGUGUGGAACGGUAAUCACUAUUUUGUUAAAGUUGCCAAUUUUUGGGCAAAUCGGGUAUCUUCCGACCCUCCUCGGCUUUCACUCGUUCAUAUCUCUUCAAUGGACAGUACAAGCAAUAGCUGCCUGCCUUGUUGAGUAACCUGUCCACAAAUUCGCGAUGUUCUUCUUAGAGGAUGAAACUUGUGAGUAAAUCCAGUGGAAGCAUCACAAGCUCUCUUUACCAAAACUUAUUCAUGAGGUUGCCUUGCAGUACAACAAUAGUGUAAAGUAUCUCGUUGAUCUGUGCAACACGGCGGCUGCUUCUAGAUGAUCAAUCCAUGGAGACUACGUUCCAAUACUGGUCAAAGGCCAUUCUUUUGUACAAGUAAUAUGUUUCACCAUUCUUUCCGUAGAUGACGGGUAUCUUUCUACAGUUACCAUGUAUAUUGUAUUUAAGCUGGAGUACACUGCAACAGUUCAAGUGCACAAGCAGCCGAAUCCGCUGCGAUGGCACAAACUUGCUGAUUGUCAACUUCAAAUUUUGGUAUAAACUGAGGGGGAGGCUA